AUGGCUGCGAAACCGAGAUACGAUUGGUUUCAAACUGACAACUGUGUUACGAUCACCAUUUUGAAGAAGGGAGUGGCUUUGAGCGACUGCAGAGUAACUUUCAACGAUAACGAUAUCAAAGUUUACUCGGGAGAUGAGCUUCUUUUUGAGACAACUCUUGCAAGACCCGUUGAUGAGAAGAAUUUCACUGUCACCUGCACCCCUUCUAAGGUAGAAGUGCGAAUGCCGAAAGCGAGCGCUGGACACUGGUCCAUGCUUGGUGCCUCAUCUGCCGCGCCGACUACUGCUGAAUCCCAUCAUCAGUCCAAGGAUUGGGAAGCCAUUGAAAGGAAAGCUAUCGAAGAAGAAGAAAAUGAACAGUUAGAGGGUGACGCAGCGGUCAAUCGCAUGUUCAGAAAAGCUAUCAAGAAUCAGGCGGAACGGUGUUGUCUACAAACUGGGCGGAGAUUAGCAAGAAGCGAACAGAAGUCAAACCACCCGAUUGUAUGGAAUACAAGCGAUUUGAGCAGUGACUUGCUACGUACUCAUGGUUGGAGGGCAUUCAAUGUUUUUGGAUCUUUUUUGCUGAGUUGCAUGAUUGAAAGUCUUUGUACUGAGAUAAACGAUUCGCAUCACCUUUUCCUCUUUUUCGAAUGA